UUGGGCAUCAACUGAAAAACAGAGGAAGGCGGCGAGGCGCCGAACCGGACGACGAUACUAUAAGAGCAGGACAGAUGCAGGGCAGCAUUUCAGCAAGUUGCAGCCUUUUAUAGACGAUAAGAACCCCUCUAUCUCUCUCUAUCUCUAACUUUCUCUCUCUAGAGGCAAUGCAAGAGAUGUUGCACAAUCUCAACCCUUCUUCUUCCUCCAACCUCUCCGUCCUUGAAAGGCAGAGAGCUCGUCUGCAAACGCAACAGAGCUUCGAAUCCUAUAACGAAAUCAACAGAUUGAGCAUCGAAAACUUCAUUUCUGUUCCCAUUUCACCUCAGAAUCUGCAAACCGAUCAGUAUUUCUGCGCCGAUUCUUCUUCAAAGGCCAAAAAGGAAGGAGCUUUAAAGAAGAGAAAGGCAUGGAAGUCUAUUAAGUUGGGUGGUAUUGAAGACGAGGUGAAGAAGAAGAAGAAGAGGAAGGUUGACGUCUCGCCGGAGAAAUUUGAACACGGUGGAGCGGCAGCGGCGGAGGAGGCGCCACCACCGCCGAAGGGGGACUUCAUUCACGUUCGAGCUCGGCGAGGUCAGGCAACCGACAGCCAUAGCUUGGCGGAGAGGGUGAGGAGAGAGAGAAUUAGUGAGAGAAUGAAGUAUCUGCAAGGGUUGGUGCCAGGAUGUAAUAAGAUUACUGGAAAGGCGGGAAUGCUUGAUGAAAUUAUCAACUACGUUCAAUCAUUACAGAGACAGGUUGAGUUUUUAUCUAUGAAGUUGGCAACUGUAAAUCCUUGGAUAGACUUCAACAUUGAUAGCUUCUUCCCAAGACAGGUGAACUUGGGCUGUAACCCUAGCAUGACUAGGGUUAAUGUGUCACCUGAGCUGGUUGAGCCUAAUUACAUUCAAAUUAAUCCAAUGCAUCAUCAAAUGGCUACAAGUUGCGGGGUCGAUAUCGGCGUACAUUUUUUCGAUUUGGCAAUUCGACAGAGCUUGAGUUCACCUCUUAAUGUUCACGAUAUAUUGUUGGAUCCAUCCGUCAAUGUUCACAGAUCAAGUUGGGAUGGCAAUUCUCAGAACAUUUGUGAUUUAGAGUUCCAUCAGUUGCCAUUACAAUCUUUAUCAGAUUGCUAUUCACCAUGCAAUUUUGAAGAUGGAGAUGUGAAAGAGAGAAAAUGUUAACUUUUUAACUAAUGAGGCUUAUAUCCACUCGAAA